AAAAAAUUAAAGAUAAUUGUCUCGUUUGACAUUGGUCUAAUAAUAAGGAAGAAAUCGUGCUUUGAUAUCCAAAGAAAGCACUGUUUCCUUUCUCUCUCUUUCACCUUCGCUCGUAUGUAUAAAUAUCCAACAAGGAAUCACAGAAAAGAUGAAGAAAACAAGAGUGGGAAGUCGGUGGCCAUUACAGUCACGAGAAUCACACACGAAAGGAGAAAGGGCCGAAAGGGUUUGUAGUAUUUGCAUUAAUUAAAGAAAAAGCUAAAAGGGUAGGGGGGUUGGGUGAGGUGGGGUGGGGGAGUUUUGGUUUAUCUGGACAUGCACAAGAACAGUAGCGGUUCAAUGAAGGAGAAAAGUAGUAGUAGUAGUAUUAGUAGUACGAGUCAUGAGGUGAUGGACGGUUCGGAUAUAAUGGAGUUGGUUGAGAAUGAGAAAGUUUUUAGCAACUUUGUGGAUCAUAAGUUUCAAGAACUCGACAUUGACUGCGACGGUAAGCUCUCUGUCCAAGAGUUGCAACCCGCUGUUAACGAUAUAGGCGCUGCUCUUGGCUUGCCGGCUCAGGGAACUUCUCCUCACUCUGAUCAUAUUUAUGCUGAGGUUCUUAAUGAAUUUACACAUGGAACACAAGAAAAAAUAAGCAAGACUGAGUUUAAAGAGGUUCUGUCAGAUUUCCUACUGGGCAUGGCUGCUGGUUUGAAACGAGAUCCUGUAGUAAUUCUCCGAAUUGAUGGUGAAGACCUUCAUGAGUUUGUCAAGAGUCCAACUUUUGAACCAGAAAUGCUUUCUAUUUAUUCCGAGAUUGAAUUGCCUGAUGGAUCCCUUAAAGAUUAUAUCGUCAAGGCUUUCCAGAAACUCACGGUUGACCAGGGGAUGCCUCCUGCAACAGAUCCUUGGGUCAAGAGUAACAUUCUGGACCCAGCUCUAGAAUCGCUUGGAGAUGCACUUCAGCAACCUGUUUCACAGGAAACAUUUUUGGCAGAGUUUAAGAGAGCUGCAGAGAAUGUGGUGCAGCUUCUCAAGGAACAGCCAACUAUUGUUGCUCACAGUCAGAAUACCUUUGAUGGGAGUGGCAUUCGGAGACUCUUGUCUAACAAAUUUGAGUUGGAUAAGACACUGGAUUCUGCUUUGAAGGGUGCACCCAGAGAUCGCAAUGGGAAAAUAUCAAAAGAAUAUUUGGGUGUCGCGCUUGAUUCUUUGGCUGCUUCUGCUGGCCUACCUCCACUUGGUGCCGUUGAUCAGAUGGAUGACAUUAUGAAUGAAGCUAUUAAAAUGUUCGAUGCUGGUGAUUCUAAAACGGUAAAAGAAGAUGAGUUCAAGAAGCUAUUGACAGAAAUUCUGGGAAGCAUCAUGCUGCAGUUGGAAGGCAAUCCAGUUUCUGUAUCUAUAAACUCGGUCGUGCAUGAGCCGAUUGCUUCGUCCUCCACCCUCCUGCACCCACCGUCGCCAUAGUUAAGCGAAGAAGUUAUGUGAUAGCAGCAGAUAGUUGCUAAUAGCAGCAGAUAGUUGCUACCAUCAAGCACUUGUUACCACUAUAUAGUUGCAUGGAUGUGUAAAAAAUUUACACUCUGAUAAAAUUAUUCCAUAAUCAUGAAUACUAAUUACAAUUAAUUCUUAA